AUGUUCAUUGAUAGCCCCAGCAAUGCAUCCUUUCCAACAGCAUCAGACACCGCAUCCAUUCCCGCGAAGAGAAAGAGAGACGAGACAGACGAGACAGACAAGACAGACGAGACAGACGAGACAGAGUUGGACACCCGCCCCUUCACCAUCAGAGACCCUGCCGACCCAUUUGUGAAGCCAAAGUCGUACACGCCCAUCUGCCUACUCUCCCGCGCCCAGCUUCCCCUCGCAUACCUCGACACUGCACAUCCCGGCAGCAGACUGUUCUCCGCGCAUAUCCAACCGCUCGAAGCCAGUCAUGAGCAUGGAGGCGACGCAACAGUGCUUUUGGCGCAGGAGGAUAAGGAGAGCAGACUGUACGCGGUUGAGCGCGUGCAAUCCCGAACGUAUGCGCUGUGCAGAUUGCAGGUGUGGGUGACGGAGGAAGAGAUUCUGCAGAACGUGAAGUCAGUCUCCACAAGCCACAACAUGACGAAACGGCGGGCGGUCGCUCCAGUGGGAAGGAGCGCGCCAUGGUGGACCUGUGCUGCUGUGGAGAUGCCACAAGUCAGCGGUAGAAGAGCUGGCAGACCUGUAUUGCCAGUCUCGGCUAUGCAGAGAGUGAUGGAUGCGCCGCCCAAGCAUGGACCGACUGUUUCCGUAGCACCCACCGAAGCACUUUCACCUAUCCAGCCGCCGGAGGAUAUGGAUGCGAACUUACCACAGUCUUCAAAGACAGCUUUGUCGCCAGACGAACUAUUCCAGGACCUUGCGAAGCACUACAUGGAGACACUGUACCUCGAGCGCACAACGCUGGCCUACUUCACCAAAGGACCGCUGUCGCGAGCGAGGGCCGCUUUUUCGUCGCAAACUCCUACUGCGAAAUUUACGCAUUUGGCAGACUUUCUUCGAUCGAGCACCCUCACGUCAUCUGUGCUUGACAAGAAGUACAAAGAGAGAAUUGCUGAGCUGGUGAAAGCUCUGCCUGCCCAGCAUUCGGAGAGCGCGGCAGACUUGACGAAACGGAAGAGGAAGAGGAAGUGGAAAGCUAAGCGGAGCAAAGCUGGGCUGUUUGCUGACGAGCAGGACUACGUCGAGCGGUGGUGGCGCGCCGAUGAUACAGCCGCCAACACCGAAAAUACAGACGCUGGAUUGCGAGCACGUCUAACGAGGCUCCGCAUCCGAGAAACGUUUCUGCAAGUCGUCCUAGUUCUGGAGGUACUAUCGCUUGAAGCCUCAUCCGCUCUCUCAACAGAAGCAUGUCAGCCAGCCUUCCCGGAUGAGGUUCAGGACGACGAGUCGCAACAGACGGAACUGCAACUCGCCGCAGAAAAGGCGCCUACAAAGCCCAAGAAGAAACAGGACCUACCUGCCCUGCUCGAAAAUCUUCUCGACAAGCUCUGCAUCUGGCAUUCACUGGAAGGCAUCUCUCCUACGGCACCACAGACAGGCAACGGUUCAGCAGCUGCAGGAAGUAACGACUUCCUCAAAAACUUCUGCAUUGAAGUUGUCCUACCCUUCUUCAUUCCACGCAUCCCACAGCAUGCGACGCUGGUCAACAAAAAGCUUGGUGGGCCGGGCGCGCAGACACCACCCAAGCGCAGCUCAAGCACGUCACAAAAGCCUGGCGAUCCGGCUGCCCGCCCAGAGAAGAAACCUCGCCAGCCCCUUGCACGAGUAUUGACGGAUACUCUCAACCGCAGUGUCAGGCAUCCACCAUCGCUCAAUCGCUCAGCCACUGACACCGACGCCUUCUCCCGCAUCAAGCGAGAACCCAGCGAGACACCUCCCUUGGCAUCCGUACCACUCCACAGCGUAGCGGAACCGGCCAACCCUCAGCGGCGGCCCCGCGUCAACCCUUUGGAGCGGAUGAACUCGAAGCCUCGAUUGAUCGACCUUUCCGCCAUGUCCCAAGCCAGCGAAACCAAACUUCGGCGUAAAGCUGAGAGCGACAGGGCGAUCAAGGAAGCCGUCGAAGGCAUCAAGAAGCCGAACCGCGCGCUUGCUGUCAAAGAGGUGGCUGACAGUGCGGAUCAGAGCUUUGCCAAAGCCAUGGCCAAGGGAUCAGUGCCACGCCAACGUGGAAGAAAAGCCGAAUCUGAGAAGGUUGGCAGGCCCCUCCUCAUGUCUCAUGAAGAGGGCUUGCAGAGCGCAAAGGUGGCUGCCACGCCGUCAAGCUUACGGAAACGGCAGAAGCCGGACACAGCGGUCAUCCUUAAAAUGCCACCUUCCUCGCGUCCGCCAUCAUCGGCAUCAGUGGUACCCUCCUCCUCAGCUCGCGUUCGAGCUUCACGGCCCGCAUCAUCCACCGACCUGCAAGUCCCUUCUGCCUUUGCGGUUCCUCAAACAGGCCACCGACAACGACGGCUUGACGCUCCGAGAAGUAUCGGCGUCGAGGAGACACCAUCUCGAGGCUUUGCCAAAUUCAUGCCGAAAGGCCUUGCUACGCAGCCUGGCACCGGGACGCUGGACUCACCAAUCGCGAGACGGACGGCUAUGGUGGUGCAGUCGACACCUUCUAAGCCAAAUCCGGUGCUCAAGCUGCCUGAGACGGCGAACGAGACACCAAGACAACAGAAAGCGGUGUUGGCGGCUACUCCUGUACGUCCUACUGACCACCAGCGGCUUGAUCUAGCAUCGCCGUUCAAGGGGACUGGAGACAUCAAGCCCAGGAAUGAGGGCGGAGAGGCUGCAGUCGGCGAAGUAUCUCUGUAUGCUUCGCUGGGGUGGGAUGAUGAAGGCUAUGAGGAGCUGACGUAG